AUGGCAUCAUCUAACAUCAACAUCCUACUCACGUCCUUCCCUGGACUGUCGCUCCCUUCGACACUCUCCUUCUCACUCACCUCCACCUCUACCAUCGCCGAUCUUGCCGACAAGAUCUCUUCAUACAUCCCAACCUCCGUCCCAUUCCAGUCACUCGUCUUAACAACCACCAGCAACAAACAACUCGACCCCUUCUCGCAGAGCCUCGUCUCGACUCUACUCGCCUCAAAUGGCGCCACCUACAUGGCAUCGAACCUCCUACCUCUCCGUCUCUCAGUCCCGCUAUGUGGUGGAAAGGGUGGUUUCGGGUCUCAGCUUCGUGCAGCUGGAGGGCGCAUGUCCAGUAAGCGAAAGCGCAACCAAGGCGACGACAACGGAUCCAGCCGAAACCUCGACGGCCGGCGUCUCCGCACCGUCAACGAGGCCAAAGCGCUGGCCGAAUACCUCGCCGUGAAGCCGGAGAUGGAUCGCAAGGAGAAGGAGGAGCGCCGACGUCGAUGGCAGUCGGUCCUGGACAUGGCGGAAAAGCGUCAGGAGGAAUUGAAGAACGGGGGCGGCAAACAGAAGGUCGACGGCCAGUGGAUGGAGGAUAAGGAGGAGAUGAAUGAGAGGGCUAGAGAUGCUGUGUUGGUCGCCAUGAAGAACGGGGACUGGUCGGAUAACCUGCGCGAUAAUAUCCUGGGUGGCUCUAGCACGAGUGCGAGCCCCAGCGACGGCAGUGGUCAGGAAACCCCCAGUGGCAGUGACUCGGACGAGGAGAGUGAUGAGGAGAUGGAGGGGAAUGGCGCUCCGGGACCAUCUGCGCCUGCUCAGAAAGCAGCUCCUCGGAAGUUCAUUGGAUUUGAUGACGACGAGUUUAUGAGUGACUCGGAAGAGGAGGAAGACCAGCCUGAGGACUCCAAGGGCAAGGGAAAAGCAAAGGCUUAA